UCAUUCCCCAUCCACACAUCCCAAACACAGCUGGGACAACACUCUCUUCUCUUUGACUUACUUCACUCUUUUCAACCUGUUCAACAACACGUUUGCUGGCACUACAGCACUCAUUCUAUCUCUCAAUAUGAAGAACUUCUUCGCCGCGGCCGCCCUCAUCGGCGGCCUCAUCAGCGGGGUCACGGCUGCUCCCGCCAGCACCCUCGAGGCCCGCACCUUCUUCCGCUUCCCAACCAAGGUCGCUGCAGCCUCGCCGAGCUGCAAUGUGGCCGACGCCAUGUCCCAGGUCCAGGCUUCCCUGAGCACUGCCCUCGGUGUCUGCCAGGGCGCCAACCUGGCCGCCGGUGCGUCUUUCGCCGCCCGCAAUGCCAUCGCCGUCAAGAUCGGUGCCGACCUUGGCGCCGCGGCCGGGGUCCUGGGCUCGUUCAGCAACGCGCUGGAUGCCGCCUCGGCCAGCGUCGUUCUCGGUGCCAAUGCCGGCUGCGACUAUGACUGCAUUGGCGGAGCCAUGGUCAGCCACACGACUGCCAUCUCCGCCAGCAUCAGCUCCAUCGUUGGUAUUCUCGGCACUGACUGUGUCGGCUCGCUCGUCACCCCCAUCAUUGGUAACCUCGCCACCUGUGCCACCGCCUUGGAGCCCAUCGCCGUCGGCGUCGCUGGCAAGUGUGGAGCCGCCGUGUCCGCCACUCUUGGCGCCGAUAUGUGCGCCAACCUUGGCUUGAACAUUGGUUCCAUCUUCGGCGUCGCUGCUGGCCUUGGCGGUGGUGCCGGCCUCUCAGGUGCCCUUGGCGGCGGCCUCGGCGGCGGACUCGCUGGCGGCCUCGGCUCUGCGAUUGCCGGUAUGAUGAAGGGCGGCCUCGGACUCGGUGCCGGUGUCGGUACCAAGGUCGGCUUCGGUGCUGGUGCUGGUCUUGGAGGCAAGGGCCUGAACGUCGGUGCUGGAGCUGAUGUCGGUGCUGGUGUUGGCCUUGGUCUUGGAGGCAGCAAGGGUCUGAACGUCGGUGCCGGUACCAAUGUUGGUGCUGGUGUCGGUCUUGGUCUUGGAGGCGACAAGGGUCUGAACGUCGGUGCUGGAGCUGAUGUCGGUGCUGGUGCUGGUGUUGGCCUCGGCGGCCCGGGUGGUCUGGGAGCCGGUGCGGGUGUCGAUGCUGGUUUCGGUGCUGGUGUUGGUCUUGGCGGCCAGGGUGGUCUGGGAGCCGGUGCGGGUGUUGAUGCUGGCGUUGGUGCCGGUGUUGGCGUUGGAGGCGGCGCUGGUGGUGCCGGCGGCGAUGAUUCCGACGACUCUUCUCCUACUCCCAACGAUGGCGGCGAUGACAGCUCUUCUCCUACCCCCACUCCCACUGACGGUGGCGAUGACAGCACCCCCACCGACUCCGACGAGCCCGCAUGGACUUCUCCCACUGCCGAUGAUGGUAGCGACGACGGAUCUGACGAUGGUUCCGAUGGCUCUGAUGGCUCCGAUGGCUCCGACGGCUCCGAUGAUGAUUCGUCCGACGACUCCGACCCUACGACUGGUGGCAACGGCGGCAUGGGCGGCGGCAUUGGCGGCGGUCUUGGUGUUAAUGCUGGCGUUGGUGCCAAUGUUGGAGGUGGUCUUGGCGGAGCCGGUGGCAUCCUCGGUGGCCUCCUCGGUGGCCUUGGUGGCGGUGCUGGUGCCGGUCUUGGUGUUAACGCCGGUGUUGAUGCUGGCGUUGGCGGCGGUGCUGGUGCCGGUGGUGCUGGUGUCGGUGGCGGUGCUGGUGCCGGUCUCGGUGUUAACGCUGGUGUCGGUGCUGGCGUUGGCGGUGGUGCCGGUGCCGGUGGUGCUGGCGUCGGUGGCGGUGCUGGUGUCAAUGCCGAUGUUGGUGCCGGAGUUGGUGCCGGAGCUGGUGCCGGUGGUGCUGGCGUCGGUGGCGGUGCCGGUGCCGGUUGGUAA